AGAAAUGAAUGCUAGUGCUACGGUAGGAGUGGGCUCUUGCCUCUCAACCUCCAAGCCAUUGAGCAUUGGCUUAAGCCCAGUCCCCAUCUAUUUGCGCCGGAGGAAGAGGAGGUGUUUGACGAUUGAGGCGGAGGUGCAGCUAGCCGGGUCGGAGGUUCAAUCUACCUAUCGCCGCCUCAUUAUACUUCGUCAUGCCAAGAGUUCUUGGCAACAUCCGGCUUUACGAGAUCACGACCGUCCUCUCAGUAAAUCCGGACGAGUUGAUGCUAUAGCGGUUUCUCAAAAGCUCCAACGUAUGGGUUGGAUCCCUCAACUUAUUUUAUCCAGCGAUGCCGUGCGAACCAGAGAAACACUUAAAAUCAUGCAGGAACAGGUGCGUGGUUUUCUGGAAGCAGAGGUCCAUUUUAUAUCUAGUUUUUAUUCCAUUGCAGCCAUGGAUGGACAGACUGCUGAACACCUCCAACGAACUAUCUGUCAGUAUUCAACGGAUGAGAUACUUACCAUCAUGUGCAUGGGACAUAAUAGAGGAUGGGAAGAGGCAGCCUCCAUGUUCACUGGUGCUUCCGUAGAGCUCAAGACUUGCAAUGCUGCUUUGCUUGAAGCUCCUGGAAAAUCUUGGGAAGAGGCGUUUGCUGUAGCAGGAUAUGGUGGUUGGAAGCUUCAAGGCAUAGUGACGCCCAGUAGUAACCUGUAUAGACAUUCAGAAAAUUUUGAACAAAUCUGAUCUCCCUGCUAGGAAAAAUGAAAUUGUUCGGGAAGGCAUUAGCCGGAGGAAGAGUUGCUAUACGGCGUAAACCGGGUUCCAGACCCUACAGAUCUUUGUUGUUUCACUUUGCUGGUAGCAUCUGCUAUGAUCUACCUUGAUCAAAACAUAGCUGCCACAGUUUGUACAGGUUUGAA